AUGGCCCUACUUAAUGCUGCUGUAAAACCUGCCCUAGCACACCACGGGGUUGACGAGGCUUCCCUGCCAGGCAUCAAUGCCAGAGUUUGGGCUGAGGAGGGAGGUCAUGCCCGUGCCAAAAAUGCCUCGCCGGUACACAUCACCCUUAAGGAAGGGAGUUGCCCCGUCCGAGUCCGACAGUAUCCCCUUAAGUUAGCCACCCAAAUCGGGUUAAAACCUCUGAUUCAAAAGUUUGUACAAUGUGGGUGGCUAAGGGAGGGCACGUCCCCGUAUAACACCCCGAUAAUGGGAGUGCCUAAGCCUAACGGACAAUACCGGCUCGUGCAGGAUCUAAGGCAGGUCAAUAAGCUAAUAGAGGCGCCUUAUCCUGUUGUCCCAAACCCCCACACGAUUCUAGGACAGAUACCCAAAAGCCAUGGUUGGUUCUCAGUAAUAGAUUUAAAAGACGCCUUCUUUUCCAUCCCCCUUGAUCAGGAAUCUCAAAAGCUGUUUGCCUUUGAGUGGGAGGAUCCCGACACCCAUUACAAAGCCCAAUACCUCUGGACUGUUGUUCCGCAGGGGCUUACCUGUGCACCGGAAAUUUUUGGGAGUCAGCUACGGAGGGACCUUGCUCCCUUCCUAGCUCGACACCCUGCGUGCAACGUAGUCCAGUACUGCGAUGAUUUACUUUUAAGUACUGAGACAGAGCAGACUUGUAAGGAACAAACUGUAGAACUCCUUAACUUCCUGGGGGCACAGGGAUACAAAGCCUCUAAGGAAAAAGCACAACUGGUUAAACAGCAGGUCACUUUCCUAGGGUACCGCCUUAGUCAGGGGAGUCGAAGUUUAAGUAACGAUAGAAUCCAGGCUAUACUCGACAGCCCUCAGCCCCAGAACCCCAGAGAAUUGAGAGCUUUCCUGGGACUGACCGGCUUUUGCCGACUCUGGAUCCCUGACUAUGGGGGAAAAGCCAGACCCCUAUAUGAAGCCCUAACUAAAGAAGGUCUGCUGCAUUGGAAGUGGACUAAGGACAAAGAGAAAGCAUUUCAAGAGCUUAAAAGAGCUUUAAUUCAGCCUCCUGCUCUGGCUCUCCCAGAUCCACGGAAACCAUUUACUUUGUAUGUCCACGAAAGAGCCGGGGUAGCGUCUGGGGUCCUCUGUCAAAAGUCAGGACCGACCUGGAGACCCAUCGGCUAUUAUUCCAGAGUCUUAGAUCCAGUUGCCAGGGGAUGGCCAGCCUGCUUGCGGGCUGUUGCUGCAACUGCUCUCCUCGUACAGGAAGCCGAAAAGUUAACCCUUGGUGGGGACACUGAGGUUGUGGUGCCUCACGGAGUGCCCCAGAUACUAGGAACAGGGGCGGGGGAUAGACAUCUGAACCCCAGUCGGCAUACUAAAUAUGAGGUGGGACUUUUACUAGCCCCGAACCUCACCUUUAAAACAGUCAGUUCUCUCAACCCAGCUACCUUACUGCCUGACCCUCAGGCUCCCAGUGGUGCUGUUGAUCCGACCCAUGACUGUGUCGAAGUCCUGCAGCACGAGACUAAACCCCGUCCCGAUCUUUCAGAUUUGCCCUGGCCCAACCCUGAUCUUGAGGCAUAUGUCGAUGGUUCUAGUUAUGUACUAGAUGGGAAGCGGUACACAGGGGCUGCUGUGAUAAUUAGAAGCACAGAGGUGGUGUAUCCCUUUAAACUCAGCUCCUCUCUAUCCGCUCAAGCAGCAGAACUAGUUGCUCUCAUCGAAGCUCUUCGCUUGGGGGCUGGGAAGACCAUAAAUCUAUACACUGACAGUUGCUAUGCGUACAUGGUAGUACAUGCUCAUGGGACCUUGUGGAAAGAAAGGGGUUUCAUUACAGCCUCGGGCCAAAGAAUUGCCCAUGGGACCCUUAUCAAAUUGUUGCUUGAAGCCUUAAUGCUUCCCCUGCGGGUCGCCGUCAUCCAUGUCCGUGCACAUGGGAAAGCUCCUGAUGCAGAGCAGCGCAAGUAUAAUCGUUUGGCUGAUCUGGCUGCGAAGGAGGCAGCACGCAGGGGAACUGUGUGGCUUCUUUUAGUUCAGGACACUGAGGCUGAAACUCCUGUCCCCCGUUACACGACAGAGGAGGUAUCCUGCGCCCAAGCUGCAGGGGCCCGGCAAACCCCCUCUGGGUGGUGGAAACUACCCGGGGGAGAAAUAUUCGUUCCCCGUCCGGUGCUCCAGGAGAUUCUUCAAUCCCUGCAUAAAGAGGGACAUUUAGGAUCGGGAGCGAUGGUUGAUUUGGCUGCCCGAUCCCUUAGAGCAGUGGGUAUGCAUACAGAAGCCCAGAGAAUUGUCAAUAAUUGCUCUGUUUGUCAACGCACUAACCAGAAGGGAUCUGGCCCCCCUGUUCCACUGGGAGGCCGACCCUGGGCUGCCUACCCCUUUCAAAGGUGGCAAGUGGAUUUCGCUGAAGUACCCCCUUGCCGAGGCUACAAAUACUUGCUUGUUUUUGUUGAUCAGCUUACCGGGUGGGUGGAGUGUUUCCCUACCCGACACUGUCAGGCUCGAGCAGUUACUAAGGCCCUGCUACAUGAAAUACUUCCCAGAUACCACCUCCCUGAAGUAAUUGAGUCAGAUCGGGGAAGUCACUUCAUCUCCCAAGUGGUCCAACAGGUAGCGCAGGCCCUUGGUAUCCAGUGGAAGCUGCAUACUCCUUGGAGGCCACAAAGCUCAGGCCAGGUGGAAAGAAUGAAUAGGACUCUCAAAGAUACUUUAACAAAGCUCUGUAUAGAGUCUGGUUUAAAGUGGCCUGAUGCCUUGCCGCUUGCGCUUACUCGCAUUCGAAGGGCCCCCCGUAAGGGUCUGAGACUUUCACCCUUUGAGUUGGUUUUCGGGUUCCCUCCCCGAGUACUCAUCCCCGGGUUCCGGGAAAAUGUAAGCUGGGAGGUAGGGAAUGACUCUUUGUGGAAACAGGUCUCUGCGCUGCAAUCUGUCUUGUUUCAGCUACACCGAUACGCAGCACCCUUCCAGGCCCUUCCCUUGGAUCGACCCGUGCAUUCGUUCCAGAUCGGUGACCGGGUCUUUAUCAAGAAGUGGAAGCGUGAUCCUCUCACAGCACGGUGGGAAGGCCCACAUACUGUUUCGCUCAUCAGCCAAGCUGCCGUCAAGGUUCUUGGAAGCGACAAAUGGACGCACUGCACGCGAGUUAAACGCUUUGUUAGCUCGGAUCCAGAGGACGCCUCAACCGAAGAGGACAACAGCCCUCUGCUCCCCCCGGCUCCGGACGCCCGGGGUGACACAGGUGAAGACUCUAACUGGGAGUAUCACGGACUGGAGGGCUUAAAGGGACUCUUUAAAAGAAGGAAACAAUGAAGUUGUUCCUCCUGUUUCUGUUUUGUUUCCUUGCUUGCUCUUAUGGUUGGGAAAACAGGUUUCUGCAGUUAGGAGAGAUAAUUGCAAGUUCCUUUAACCUCACUAACUGCUGGGUGUGCGGUGGCCCAGGGGAAUUGGAUGAAUGGCCCUGGGUAGCCCAGCCAGUGCAGCCCAAGUACUUGCUGAGUAACCUCAGCAUCGUGCAUAAUGGCACGGAGCAAUGGUCCACAGAUAG